AUGGCUCAUAUUCUUGAUGAUAAUGGUGUCACUGCACUUGAGUAUAUGCACUAUUUCUAUGAUGCUAAAUACAAGAUGGAAUGGGACCACACUAUAGAUGGAAUGGAUGUUGUGGAGAAAAUCAGCAAUGACACUAUGGUUCUACAUCAAAGGCACAAAACGGUUUGGCCGGCCGCUGCACGUGAAUCUUUAUUUGUUUCUCAUAUACGUCGCGUGGAUGAUUUGAAGCCGAAUGAGGCUUACGAUCUGUAUAUUGUAUGCAAUAAAGAUGUCACUCGAACGGAUGUCCCGGUAAAGUUUUCAAACCUCUACUAA